GGAUCGACCCACUCCUCCUAGAACAGCGUGUGGGUGUUGUGAUCACGCUCUUCCUGGCUCUGACAGCUCUCCAGUUUGUCAUCAACGAAAACCUCCCGUCCAGCAGUUACUUCACACCGGUGACGAGCCUGAUUCUGACAUCGUACAUUGUGCUGUUCCUUUGUCUGCUGGAGUCGCUGGCUGUGUUCUACGUAUGUGACCGCAUCAUCAUCCAGGAAAAGCUAGAGGAGAUGAAAGCCGGGGAAUCGGACAGCAACAUAGCGCAACGACGGGUGGUUGAGCAUCCUGCCAGCGGUUCGGAUGCAACAACUACGCCUAAGCUAAAAUCGUCGCUGCGCCAAACAUCGCAAGACGGUUCCCCUCUCGCGGUUACAGGUAUUGAUUUCAAGAUCCGAACUAUUGAAAUGGACGGCAAAAAGAUCAAAUUACAAAUUUGGGACACGGCAGGUCAAGAACGAUUCCGCACAAUCACAACAGCCUACUACCGAGGAGCGAUGGGCAUAUUGCUUGUGUACGAUGUGACAUGUGAGAAGUCAUUUGAUAAUAUCCGGCAGUGGAUUAAGAACAUUGAGACGCAUGCGAGUGAGGAUGUGGAGAAGAUGAUUCUGGGCAAUAAAUGUGACAUGGAGGAUAAGCGUGCUGUUGCCACAGAGCGUGGCACGACGUUGGCGGGAGAGUAUAGCAUUCCAUUCCUGGAGACCAGUGCGAAGAAUAAUAUAAACGUAGAGCAGGCCUUUACUGAAAUGGCUGCCGCAAUCAAGAAGAAGAUGGAUAUCAAAGCCACCGCUGCACCCAAGCCCGCUGGUGUGCAGGUCAAUAACAAGGACACGCAGAAGAAGAGUGGCUUCAGUUGGUGCACACUACUUUAG